CUUCGAGCCGCAAUCAUCUAUCGCCCAAUUGUCAUCCUCUUUUAUCCUCCAGCAGCGUCCUCUUUCACCUCAGCUUCUUCCCCAUCGCCGUUGCCUCAGCAGCAUGCCGAGCCGCAGAUAGCAUGGCCCCCGACAUCCUAGCUGGCCAGCCUCUACGCCCCACCACUCCGAUCCCGGGGCUGUGGCUCCUCGACGCGCCAGAAACCCUCUACGUGCGCGUCUAUACUGCUCCCCCCAUCGUACCCUGCGACCCGCCACCCCCAGAAACGACAGGUACUCCGCAGCCCGAGCAGAAUGGCGAGGAGAAGCCUGACGCGUCCCUCAGUCUCUCCCCGGCGCGCCUAGCCAUUCCCGCCGUCGCACCGUCGCCGGCCCUCUCUCUGCCUGGAAUCAGGAGCCCAACCGCGCUCCGCUCGCCCGUCGCAGCGCUCAAGAGCCAACCGGGCACCCCCUCACAGACGGAAGUCAAACUCUCGCCCACCCGCACCACGCACAGUUUCAUUCCUCGUCCACCCUCACCUUCCACUACGCUAGAUCGGCUGCGCAACGACCCCCUCGAGCGCGCAUGGCUCGCUAUCAACGCCUCCGAUUCAGACGUCACCGCCGCAGUGCUUAAGCGCCCCUGUGCGGUUGUCAAGCCCGGUGGCGAACGACGCGAGCUGUGGGUCUUCUCGCCGGAUGAUGCGCCCGCCUCGGCUCUAGAGUCACUCGGCCUCACAGAGGUUGAUGUCCCGCAACCAAUCCGCAUAGCUGACACGGUGACGUGCUCAGAACACGGACACACGCUGGACUGUUUGUCGCCCGACACCGACGACAAGUGUGUCCCGACCUUCACGCCGCCAGAGUCUUGGCCGCUUCUUGAGAGCGCAGUCGGCGAGAAGGUCGCGUGGAAGCUCGGCACACGGCUUUCCCUGCUCCCCUCUGACGCCACGCUGGCUGAUCCGCCCUUCGAUGUCUCCCUUCGCCCAGCACCCGGCAAGUUGAUUCUUACCGCCCAGCUCCGCCCCCUCCCAUCAUGCGCGCCGCAGCGGCACAAUCGCACCGAUCCUGGCGUAGACCCACUCGUGCUCCGCCCGCUCGCCCUUCCCGCUCUCCUUGUCGCGCCUGUCGGACCCACGCCCGCACAGGACGUGCGGUUAUCUGCGGCCUUCGACUUAGCCUUAGGGUCGGGCUGGAAGAAUGGGCGGUCAGAGGCGCGUGUCGCCGCGCAGGCCGCGCAUGGAUGUGCUUAUGACUGGAGCGUGUAUUGGGUUCCGCUGGAGCGAGGGGAAGAGGAUCUCGCACGCACAUUGCCGCACGCUCUCGCGACCAAGUGGCGCGGCUCGAAUGGUGUGCUUACUGUCUGGCCGACCCAUCUCGCAAGACCCCUCGCUCGAAGCCUUCCGCCAGUUCCCGCCAAAUUCGUCCCACCGGAUAGCGCGCUUGGCUCCCCGUUCGACCUCAUGAGCAUUGCGACAGAAGUAUUCGAUUUUCUUGGGAGCUACACCGCGCCGGCCGAGGAUGAUGAUGAUGAUGGUGAGGAGGAGCCUCCCGAGGCGAACGGGGACGUGGCUAUGGACGACGGAAGCAAGGAGUCGGACGCGGACGAUCUAUUUUCUGCCCACACCUCACCGGCACCAACAGCCAGCAGGGCGGUGAGCCGGGCACCUACGAUUGGCACGGACGUCGGGGAGCUCUUCACGUCCUCAGCAUUUGGGACUCCGGGUCUGAACGCUCUUGACGUCGACAUGGGGCUGGACGAGGACUUGUUCGGCGACGACGACGCGGACACCGUGGUUCCUGACAGGGAAGAGGCGGGCGAUACCACUCCAGCCCCCGUGAUGCUCCCCCCGCCAAUACCGACGAAUACCCAGCUGUCAAGCAAGGUUGGCUCACCACGCGAGGUCACAGAGGACGACUUCAACUUCUUUGACUCGCCGGCGGCGGAAACCAGUCCCGCGAAGAUAUUCCACGCGCCCCACCCACCAUUAGAUGACCACACUGGCAAGGAGCUGGCGGUGCUCGCAACGCCAGCCGCGGCAUACCUCUCCAUCCCUCUACCUGAUGCCACCCCGGCGAGCCUCUCUUCGGCCCUCGAAGAUGAGCCUGAGGCGUUGACAGAAGUGCAAGUUCAGAUUCUCCCCGAACCAGAGGUUAUACUCACUGAGGCGGUAGAGGAGUGCAUGACGAAGCCUUCGUCUCCUUCAAUUGUUUUAGUUGAGGAAGAGCCCCGGAAACGCCGCUACAUCGAUAUUGUACCGGACGCCUUUGCGCCUGUGCAACUUGGCACGAGCAAGCGGCCAAAGUUUGCAUACGGUCUGCCCUCACCCGCAGCUACAGUGUCAUCUCUGAGGCUCGGCUGCGUGGAGAGAUUGCGGGAGAGUGUAUCGGGGAAAGAGAAGGCAGUUGCUUUCCCGUACACCGCCGCGUGGGAUAUUGAGAGCGACGGCAGCGACUCGGAGUGCGAGUCAGCGGUCACGACAGGCGCCCCGCCGACGCCAUCAUCGACGGUUUCGUACGAUGACAGGACACCAACGAACGAACUGGCGGCGCUGCCCGCGCUUCCGGAUGAUGAGGUUGAGUACGACGGGACAGUGUGUAUCGGAGGCGAGUGGACAUCGCUGCAGUUCGAUAUCAAUGCUGCAGCAACUCUUGCACGUGCCUGGGCAGUGUCGUGGGUCGACAUCCGCCCAGAGCCAGACUACCCGACGCCAACAUCUCCGCCGCGCCUCGCCGAGCCGCAGCAGCCGACACUUAACGUCGAGUUGUUCGCAAACGCAAUCGUGCGCAACUCGUUCUUUCGCGCUCUUUUUGAGACUUCCGACGUCACUGCUCGGGAGCUUCCACGCCCCGCGUCGAUGAUCGUGCGCGGCGGCGUGCCCGUGAGCGACGUGGCUGGUGCUCUCGCGGACAGCGAGAGAUACUCUCUGGAGCAGCCCUCCGUGCACGUCGGCUAUGGAAGCAACGUUAUGCGCGUUAAUGUUGCUGCGCUACGAUACUGGCGCGAACUGGGCCUGAUGCCGUCCGGCGGACCAAAGGACCUUGCCGCUUUCGUGAUCUGUGCCCCUGGUGCAUACAACGUCCAGCGCGCCCAGACUUUCCUCACGGACAUCAGCGAGGUGUUCGAGGCGAACCGACUUGGGACUUUAGUGGCGGGAGCACACGAGCUGGCUACCGACGGAGUCGCUGCGGUGCCCUCGGUCGAGGUGUGGUCGACUGCGAGUAGGCUCCGCGGCACAUCGUUGGUGGGCAAGCCGACGGUCGUGUUCGUCCUGACAAGCACAACGACACUCUCGCCUGCCUCGCUGGUGCCACUGCUCGCGCCUAAGGCCCAGACGAACUGGGUGUACCCUCUUCCACUGUCGUCCCUGCGUCCAUCGAACCUCGCCACCAUCGCUUUCCAAGUCUACGACCUAGUCCCGCGUCACGUCGACCGUGUGACCAUGUUUGGCAAGCCACUCGACAUGCCCAAACUCUGGAUGGGAUUCCAUGCCUUCACCCUGGCCGGGGAGGAGGCACCUAAGCCUGAACUGAGCAUGGCAUGGCCACAACGGAGCUACGAUGUGUUGAACCGCUGGCGCCAAGUACACGCCGCUUACGCGUGGGUGCCAGAGUGGGAGACGGCGAUAGUGGCGGUCGUGGAUGCGCAGGGCGAUGCCCUUGACGUACAGGCACUGAAACUGGAGAAAUGUACCACGCGUGACAGAGUAUCGCGCGUGUGGGACGUCGUUCUGUCUUUCGCGGCGGAGGCGGCGACGGAGUGGCGCGCCAGCAUUACCCGUUACGGACUGAUGAGCGUAGACGAACUUGACGCCUGGAAAUGGUUGUACAACGGCCACACGGACGCAAUGAGCCUCCUCAUGUGCGAACCGUCCAGCGACGGACCCAACCGGACCCGCGCCCCUGUCGCCAACAUCCCACCAAGCACCUUCGCCGACCCAAGUGCGAGCAUUAUAGAUGAGGCCCUGGCUGCCUCCGCCGCGAGCUUCAACCAUCGUCUUUGCGUCACCCUCCCGCCUGGAGGGACGGGAUCGACACCAACCAUCUUCCCACCCGCGUCCUUCGCGCUAGGCAUGGCGGGACCCGCAGCGACCAGCGUAGCGACAGCGACGUACCACGUGCUGCUGCAUCGCAAUCCGCCCGGACGUAGCGAAAAGGCUGACGAGCUGCUCGCGCCAGAGUUCUACCGCCUCGCCUGUCUCGGUCGGCGGCGGUACGCCCUCGGAGCGUUGCCGCUUCCACUCGACGCUGUAGGAGCAGUCAGCGCGGCUCUGGGGCGCAUAGAGAAACCAGUGGAGGCAGAGGUGGAGAAGAAGGAGGAAGACGACUGAUUGUACUGUCAUGCAUAUGCUGUAGCCUGCU